ACACGACCCGGCCAGCCAGAGGGGCCUGCCUCGAGAAGUGGUUAUGGUGCCAAAAGCCGCCGCUCCUGCGCCAAACUUUACUAGCAAAUAACAACAAUGAUACGGAGGAUGAACCUGUUGAAGCUGGUGGUACCUCUAGACCUUCGGGGUGCUUGCUGCCUACACUGGUCUUCUCACAGAGUGAGAAACACGUUUAUUGAAUACUUUAAGGGCCGUGAUCAUCACCAUGUUCGUUCAAGUCCGGUGGUACCUUGGAAUGACCCAACCUUGGCUUUUGUCAAUGCUGGCAUGAAUCAAUUCAAGCCCAUAUUUCUGGGCCAGACUCAGAGGGAGCAUCGUCGUGCCACAAGCAGUCAGAAGUGCAUACGUGUUGGUGGCAAACACAAUGACUUGGCUCAAGUUGGCAGAGAUACUUAUCAUCACACAUUUUUUGAAAUGCUUGGAAGUUGGUCUUUUGGAGACUAUUUUAAGAAAGAGGCUUGUUCCAUGGCAUGGGAGUUAUUGACAAAUGUAUAUAAACUGCCCUCAAAUCAUCUUUAUGUAACGUACUUUGGAGGAGAAGAUGCUCUAGGGCUUGAAGCUGAUGAGGAAGUGAAGGAGAUUUGGAGAUCUAUAGGAGUUCCUUACAACAGAAUUCUUCCAUUUGGAAUGAAAGACAAUUUUUGGGAGAUGGGCAUGUUUGGUCCAUGUGGUCCUUGUACUGAAAUUCAUUACGACCGCCUUGGACGUUCGUUUGCCUCAGACAGAGUCAACCUUGGAGUGGAGGAUCUAAUAGAGUUGUGGAAUAUAGUUUUUAUUCAGUAUGAAAGGUUAAAGGACUGCAGCCUACAGAAUCUUGGCACUCAUUAUGUUGACACUGGCAUGGGUCUGGAGAGGGUAACAGCUGUCUUGAACAACAAAGCAUCCAACUAUGACACAGAUCUUUUCAUCCCUCUCUUUUCUGCUAUAAAAAAGAUGAGUGGCAAACCAGAGUACGCAGGACAAUUCAGUGAUGAUGGUCAGUGUUUAGAUACAGCAUACAGGAUCUUGGCUGAUCAUAUGCGAAUGGUGACAGUUGCACUUGCAGAUGGCAUGUUUCCAGAGGAGGGUGAUAAAUUACGAUACAUCAUAAGAAGAGCCAUAAAUAUUGGCAGCAAUAAUUUUGGUUUCACCCAUGGGAAUCAUAAUCUAGUAGAACUGACUCAAAUUGUGGCUGCAACUCUUGGAGAAACAUAUCCAGAAGUGUGUGACCAGUUGGAAAGAGUGCACAUUAUCCUUGAACAUGAAGAAAAGUAUUUCUAUGAAAUGCAAGAAAAUUGUAGUAGAGAAUGGAAAGAUUUAUUAUUGCAAAGACCAGAAUUGAACAUUAUUUCUGACUGGCAAACUCCAGGUAUGAUUGAUGGUGUACGAGCAAUUACCUGCAAUGUAGAAGAAUGGAAGAAGUGUGACUCCCGACUACCUGGACACUUUGCAUUUCAACUGUAUGAUACACAUGGACUUCAUAUAGAUUUAAUAGAAGAGCUUGCUGAAAUAUAUGGUUUGACAGUUGAUCAGGAAGGAUUUAACUUAGCCCUUAAUGAGGCUAGACAAAGAACAAGAACAGUAGGCCAACAAAAAUUAGAAAGUGAUGAAACAUUUAAAAAAGACCUGCAGAGCUGUAUUAUUGGACUGAAUCUUCCUGUAACUGACGAUAGUUCCAAAUAUCUAUAUAAAAGAUUUGAUAGCCAUUAUGAGUUUACACCAAUAAAAACAAAAGUUUUGUUAAUAUUACAAGAUGGAAAGCAAGUGGAAAAAACAGUUGAAGGAAGAAUUGGUGUUAUUCUUGAAGCAACCAAUUUUUAUCAUGAAGCUGGUGGUCAAGAGGGUGAUACUGGAAGAUUAUGUACAAGUAAUUCAGAAAUGAGCAUUACAAGUGUCGAUAACGUUGGUGGCUACAUUGUCCAUUGGGGUACCAUGGAUAUAGGUGAAAUAUCUGUUGGGGAUGAAGUUACAGCCAAAGUUUGUGAAACAAGAAGAAUGAGACUUAUGCAACACCAUACAGCAACACAUCUUCUUAACAGUGCAGUUAAAGCAGCAACAGGUUUAGCAUUCCAGAAAUCUUCGCAUGUAGCUUCAGACUAUUGUUAUCUGCAAGUUCGGACAUAUCAAGCUCUGGACCAUACCAUCAUCCACAAAAUUGAAAACCUUGUCAAGAGGUGGAUUGAUACGAAGAGUCCCAUUAAUAGAAGAACUGUAAAGAUUAAUGAGAUGUUGCAAGAACCCAGUAUCUGUCUUCUGCCUGGUGAAGUGUAUCCUGACAUUGUGCACAUCAUAGCAACAAAAUUAGCUGAUGACAAAUUUAUCUUAUCAUCAAUUGAGCCUUGCUGUGGGACUCAUCUUCACAAUACUGGAGAUAUUGGCAAUUUUGUCAUUGUAAAUGUUAAUACUGCAGGAUUUGGAAAUACUCGCCUUCGUUGUGUUUGCAGUGAAGCAGCAACUUUGGCAGAAGAAAAUGCAAUGACAGCUCUUCAACAGUUAGAAGAAUGGGAGAUACUAGUCCAAAAGGAAAUUAAUGCUAGUGUCAAAGAGAGACUGUCCAGUCUUGAAAAAGAACUUCGCAUGUGGUGCACCCAUAAUAAAGAUCUGGUGCUGCCAUAUCUUGCACAUGUCAGAAUUAUGGAAUUUACAAAUGAAUACAGAAGGCUUUUGAAGAAUGCUCUGAGAGGUGAUGCAAAUAAAGAGAUGGUGAAAGAGAUGCUGGAAGUCAUUGGUGUGAAAAAAGAUGGCCCCAUCAUUCAUCUCUUAGAGACAGACUUUGGCACAAGUAAAGCUGUAUUAAGCAAAGCUACAGUGCUCGUCAGGCAGCGACCCAUGCUUGUACUGGCAAAGUCAGAAGGAAUCAUAAAGGGCCGGUCCAUUAUACCAGAGGGAAUGUUAUCGUGUGGUGUCUCGGCAACUGCAUGGAUGACGUGUGUGAGUAAAGUUUUAGGUGGCAAAGUGACAGCUCCAAGAGGUCAGAAUCCUUUACUUGUAUGCAAUUUUAGAAGCAAAAAAGCUGAUUAUUCACAUGUAGGAAGCAAGCUAAAGAAGGCACUUGAAGAUUCCAAGUAUUACAUUGACAAAUUUUUGUAGAACACCCUAUUUCAUCAGUCAACUAAAUUUGUUUAUAUAUCACAUCCAGUGCAACUUAAGGAUAAGGAAUUUUUGUUUUUAUUUCAGAACCGUUAUAUUUCUAGGACAUUUUUGUGUACAAAAUAAUAGAAUAAAAAAAUUAAACAAAUCAUUGUACAUAUUUAUAAAAUGUAUAUACUG